AUGACUUUUGGCAAAUGGUGCGUGCGAGAAUUAAUGAAUUAUGAUCAAGGUCCUGUGGCAGAGUUACGAGCUGCUGCGUACAAAUGCAUGUGCAUGGAACACUGGCGUGUUCACUCGAUAGCAGAUUUGGAUUCCCUGGGGCAUGGGUGGAAUGGUCUUAGUCAAACCUAUGUCUGGGCUGGGGUGCAAUCGCAGGGUAGUUUGUCGUACGAAGAGGAAUUUAUAUUGAAUUCCCGAGGAAUGAAAAUUUUCACGUGCAGAUGGAUCCCUAUAUCUCGAGAACCAAAAGCCCUAGUCUUCUUGUGUCAUGGUUACGCCAUGGAAUGCAGCAUAACGAUGAGAGGUACCGGAAUUCGGCUUGCCAAGGCUGGGUUUGCAGUUUAUGGACUAGAUUACGAGGGCCAUGGAAAAUCGGUUGGGUUGGACGGCUACAUUUCUUGCUUUGAUAAUAUCGUCAACGACUGUUGUGACCAUUUCACUAGCAUAUGUGAGAGGGCAGAAAACAAAAACAAAUCGAGAUUUAUAUUUGGAGACUCGAUGGGAGGAGCUGUGGCUAUCCUAUUGCACAGAAAGAACCCAAAAUAUUGGGAUGGUGCAAUCUUAGUUUCUCCCAUGUGCAAGAUUGCAGAGAACAUGAAGCCUCAUCCGUUGCUUCUCAGCGCUUUAGAUAAGCUUUGCCAUGUUGUUCCAACCUGGAAGAUGGUUCCAGCUCCAAACUUGGUUAAGGUUGGAAUAAAAGAAGUUGGACGAAGGAACGAGCUUAAAUCAAACCCAUUUUGCUACAAAGGUAGGCCUCGCUUGAAAACCGGCGACCAACUUUACAGGGUCAGCUUAGAAAUUGAACAGAACCUCCACCAGAUCACAUUUCCCUUUUUAGUUGUCCACGGAGAGAAAGACAAAAUAACAGAUCCGUCCGUAAGCAAGUUAUUAUAUGAAUCAGCGUCAAGUUCAGACAAAAUGUUGAAGUUGUAUCCCGGAAUGUGGCAUGCAAUCACUUCCGGUGAACCUCCGGAGAACAUUGACAUGGUUUUUGCAGACAUCAUUGCCUGGUUGACGGAAAGAGCGGCCGGCAGCGGAGGUUCAAGACCGAAAAAUGGAGAAGAAAGUAUAAGUGACACAGUUCCAAGCUCUUGA